CAGUGCAACUGAAAAGAACAGACUGCUGUUUAUGUUGUCAUUCAGCUAAUGAUCCUAACCGGAAGCGUAUCCCAAAGAUGGCGCAGCCAAUCAAAACGUUGACAUAUGGUGUCCGAUCUCUUAUUAUAGGAUCUCUACGUGAAAAUCGGUGCCGGCCAAAACGUAUGGCAUGGUCGUUCUCAGGUUUCUCUCUGUCGUAAUAUUUAAAAAAAAUGGAGGAAGAGGUGAAUGAUAAAACUCCCGAAGAACAACUCCAGAAAACAGCCGGGAAAAAGAUAACCAUCGAGGUGGACGAAGACGAUCCAUGUCUCCGGAAAUACAAACAGCAAGAGCAGGCAACAUUAUUGGGCAAACAUCUCGGUUAUGAUCCAAGAUUUCAACAGCAGAAUCAGACACAGAGAUGUUUCGUCAUGUACACAGAUUUUUAUCGUUGUGAGCAUAUAUUAGGUGAAGGUACCGGAGCGUGCGCGUGGUUCAAGGAGGUCUUUAAAUCUAUCUGCCCAAAUGCCUGGAUAGAAAAUUGGGACGAACUCCGACUUUCCGGACGAUUAGCCUGGCACAAAUAUAAGACUCAGGGUGCUUUUCCCGGCAGCAAAUAUGGUGAAUGAUGAUCGCUUGGAAAAUUUUGUAACAUCACUGACUAAAAUUCUUUAGUUUUGACUCCAUAGAAUAAUCAGACAAUUACCUUACGGUUCUAUUAUUUAUGUACACAAGUAUUAUAUUAUCUAUUAUAUCUUGACUUUUUCUCUCUAUAAGAUUUGUGAUCAAGUAAUAAUAAUGAAGUAACGAUAAUAGAGUAUUAGUAAUAUAUAGUCACAGAGGAAAUAUAUGUGUAUAAAAAUAUCACAUGACCAAAGUAUAUCGGUAUUGUUGUAAGGUGGAAGGGAAGAAGGGAUUUUACAAUAAAAUUAACACAAACCAGUUAAGGAAAAAAUAUUCAAUUUUAUUUUACAGAAAUAAGAUAUUUACUAGCAUGAGGUAACUUAAAAACGAAGAAAGAUUAACUGAUGCAAUUAUUCAUCAGCGUUGAGCUAUUCACAGUUGCUGGACCAUCUCUUCUUUCGAGUCUUAAUUCUUCCUUGGUCUAAGUGAUCAACUAACUCUUCUUCUAUCUUUACAGCAACCACACUGAUUGCUUGCAGUUUGUGACACUUUUUUCUCCUCUUACAAUCGUAAAAAUAGACACUCGUAGGUAUUUGCUUUGAACUUUCGAUAGAAUUGCGGGUGCCCCUCUUAAGCCUCCGUAUCGACACGACGUUUUAUGUUUAAAAGAAAAGAAAAGGAAAUCCCGUUUCACGCGCAGAACUUUACAAAACAAAACUGUGAUAUCGGGAUUGUGCACAAAAGCACCUGCCAUGGAGUAGACAACUUACCAUCUUCAGGUGUUGCUUCUGUCUGCACAACACGUGAUCCUGUCUGUAUUGACGUAUCAACUUCUACGAUGACAAAGUGAUGAUGAUCACCUGCAAGUUGAGAAACAAAGGCAUUUGCUUGAAGGAGACUGUUACAGCUAAUUGCUAUUAUGUGUGUAAAUAUUAACAAUAAUCAGAGUGGCGAAGAGAUCUAUGUUGAAACAAAAUUUUACGUGAUUACCCUCGACAUUAUAUAUAUAUAUAUAUAUAUAUAUAUAUAUAUAUAUAUAUAUAUA